AUGUACGAUGAGGCGAGGGUGCCAUCCCCCAAAGAUGGUGCCAGUGGCGUGGCCCAGGCUGCGGUCCCAGGAGCAGGGACCGCCUCAGGAGGUCAGGCGUCUGGAGCGGUCCUACAGGUCAAAGGUCAAGAUGGACCACAGAGCGCAGAGGAGGAACCCGCCUCUGUGGAGCCUGUCCUGGUGAAGAAGCCCCACAGAGAGAUCCUGGACCAUGAGAGGAAGAGGAGGGUGGAGCUCAAAUGUAUGGAGCUGCAGGAGAUGAUGGAGGAACAAGGGUACACAGAGGAGGAGAUCCGGCAAAAAGUGAGCACUUUCAGGCAGAUGCUGAUGGACAAAGAGGGUGUCAUUACCAGAGAAGGCACACAGCAGCCCAUGGUCAACCACCUGCACUAUCACCAUGAGUAUGAGGACAGCCAGGAGUUUGUGUAUGAAGAUGGAGACUACGACUAUGGCAGUGACAACAGAGAGAAGAGGAAAUCCACCAGCUCUCCAUCUCCGCGGCCAAAGAAAAGGAAGAAGAAGAAAUCUGGCCGGAGGAGGAGCCGGUUUGGCAGCUCCUCGCCCACUCGCCGAGAGAAGAAGAAGAAGAGCGGCAAAAAGCACAAGCGCGACAGAUCCACAUCCGGUUCCAGGAAGAAGAGAAGAUACCGUUCAGGCAGCCCCAAGAACAAAAGCAAAGACAAGAACAAGGAGAAAAAGAGGUCUCCAAGGGAGACACCCAGUCGGGGUUCACAGCAUCAGGGCAGCUGCUGCAGCUCCCGCAGUGCCUCAGUGUCAUCGGCACGCAGCACCUCCAAGUCUCCCUCCAGAAUCAACUCCAAGCACAAGGCAGAUGGGCAGAAGGCGUCUCCCGGCUCCAUCAGCCCCGGAGCGUGGCACAACGGAGAGCAGAGUCGGAACGGUCGAUCUCGACACAACCACGCGGACGCCGAAAAGAACCAUGAUAAGCAUCGCGUGCCGUCCUCUGGGUCUUCCAAUCACCAGAACUCUGUGCUGAGAGAGCACAAGUUGCACAGCGCCCCCAACAGGAACCAGGCGGGACAGGCUUCUGAAGCUGGGAGUUUGGACGGCAGAAACUCCGUUGCCCAGGCGACAGGGCGGAGAGGGGACCACCGGGGGCAGAACAAAUCCUCCCACUCCCCAGGACACAGCAGCGACUCUACACACUCCCAGCACAACCACAGCCACAGAGGCAGGACCUCCCGCCACCAGAAGAGAACAAAAAGUGCACACUCUUCUAAGAAGCACCAUCAUUCUGGGAGGGGCCAGGCGCACCACCACAGUCAGUCUCCGUCUCCAGGACAUCAUUCAUCGGGAAAGAAGAGGGCAGAAUCUCGAGGAAAGAGCCUGCGACAGAGGAGCAGCUCUUGGAGCAGUGCGCGCUCCUCCUCCCGCUCAGCCUCCAGAGACAGGGGGCCCAGCAAAAACAAAUCCCCUCACAGACAGAACAACUCCAGGGAGAGAGACAGCGCAAACCGCUCCGACACAGACAGCAGAGCACGACGCCGCUCACGAAGCUACUCACCCAUCCGCAAAAGAAGAAGAGACUCACCUAGUUUCAUGGAGGCCCGCAGGAUCACCAGUGCUCGUAAGCGGCCCAUCCCGUACUACCGACCCAGCCCCUCCUCCUCCAGCUCUGGCAGCAGCUCCUCCAGCCGCAGUCGCAGUCGGAGCUACAGCAGUCGGAGCCGCAGUCGCAGUUGGAGUCGCAGUUGGAGCCGGAGCCGCUCACGCACACACCACAGCUACUACACCCACAGCAGUGACGACAGCCCGGGCUUCUGA